CUUUCUUCAGCCUCCCUUCCACCGCCAUAUUGGGCAACUAAAAAAAAGUGCUCGGCUUUUCGGGGUGUCUUUUGAUAUAACUUCCCUUUUUCCCAGUCUCUUCCUACACCAGGACUUUUGAGAUAAGCCAGGUGUUUUUGUCUUGUUCGGUUUUGUUUCCUCCGCGGCUCGGUUUGGGAAACCCGCAGGCUCGUACCGGCUUGGUCUUGGACUAGCUUUCCCCAUUUCCCCUCCCCUCCCCUCCCCUUCUCUCCUUUCCCCCCUCCCUCUCCCUCCCUCCCCUCGUCCCUCCCUCCCUCUCUCCCUUACACUUGAUCUGCUGGGAGACUUUUCUGCUGGCUCUCCCGGGCUUCCCCCUGCCCCCUCCCCCAAACCCAACACUGAUCCUAAAGCUUGUGUAAUUAUUGGUGGUUGUUUGUUUCCCUUGGCCCCGAACGGGAAUCGCGGGACCUAUAUAAAAGGGGCUACGUGUUCGGACUUUUUUGUUGUUGUCGUUUUUAAAAGUUGAGUGGAGACGAGGGAGGACGAUGUCAAACGUGCGUAUUUCUGAUGGGAGCCCGACCCUGGAGCGGAUGGAAGGCAGGCCGGCGGAGUACCCCAAGCCUUCAGCUUGCCGCAGCCUCUUCGGCCCAGUGAACCAUGAAGAUUUAACGCAGGACUUAAAGAAGCAUUGCAGGGACAUCGAGGAGGACUGCCAACGCAAGUGGAAUUUCGACUUUCGGAAUCACAAGCCCUUGGAGGGGAGUUAUGAGUGGCAACCUGUGGAGAAAGAUAGUUUGCCCGAGUUUUAUUUCAGGCCCCCCCGGAACCCCAAAGGGAGAUGCCAGUUGCCCGGUCAGGAGAGUGGGGAUCUAAACGGAGUGCGCCAAGCGGGGUUUUUCAUUGCUUCUCAGGGAAUCUCAGAGGACACCCACUUAAGAGAUCAAAAGACUGAGGGUGCAUCCGAAAGCCAGACGAGUUUGGCAGACCAGUGCACUGAGACGAGGAAACGACCGGCCACGGAUGAUGUCUCACCUCAAAACAAAAGAGCCAACAUUACUGAAGAAGAGGUUUCAGACACUUCUCCCAAUGCUAGUUCAGUGGAGCAGACGCCCAAGAAGCCCAGUCUCAGAAGACAUCACACGUAAACUACUUAGAAUUAAGAAUGUGUCCUUGUUCAUUGGAUAUACCAGAGCUUGAUGAAACAAGGAAGAUAUAAAUUAAAUUUUAAGAAUACAUAUCGCUGACUUCAUGGAAUGGAUAUCCUGUUUAAGCACUGAAAAGCAACAACAAAAUAACACUAAAAUUGUAGGCACUCUUAAAAGAUGUGCCUCUAAAAGCAUUGGAUGUAGCAUUAUGCAAUUAGGUUUUUCCUUAUUUGCUUCAUUGUACUACCUGUGUAUAUAGUUUUUACCCUUUAUGUAGCACAUAAACUGGGAAAGGGGGAGGGCAGUGGGGUGGGCUAAGAUAUGAAGAAAACUUGCUUCAAAUUAUAUAGCAAGAAUAUAAAUAUAUGACUUGCAUGAAAAGAAGCAACCUUGGGUUGAGGGUGGUGGUUAAGCUUUCCUUUAAAGAUGUAAUAUCCCUUUCAGUGAGAUCUGAAAUUUCUUUUUAAAUUUUAUUUUAAAUUGCAACAAUUAAAACAGUCAACAGCUGAUUACUGUUUAUUAUAUUACACUUAUUAAGAAUCAGGAGCUCUGAUGUGUCCAUUAUGUUAAAGCAAAGGCUUUUUUAAAAGGAAGGUUAUAAAGUGGAAACCUCUUUAAAGUGAAGUAAUUAUCCAGUUAAUUAAGGCUUAAGCAAACAAUCCACAUAAUUCAGGCAAAAACCAAAAUUGACUAUGAGUUCUGAAUGAUCAAAAUUGGCAAUCUGUACUUAUCAGAUAAGCCAGAAGAUUGUCUACAUAUUACCUUCAUUUUGUCCUUGCAAACAUGGCCUAAAUAAUGCUCUCUGGGUAUUUAAAAAAAAAAAAAGAAAGAAAAAUCUUGAGAUUCAAGUUAAAAAAAAUAAUGGGAUGCUUUUUUAAUUUAAAAAUUCUCAUUCUGUCUUGGCCAUUUUACCCAGAGAGAUGUGAUGUGUUUGAUGGAAGGUGAGAAUAGAUCAGAAGUAGUUGCUGGUGGAGGAGGGAAAUGGAUACUGCAUCUUUAAACAGUAUUUCUACAUUGCUGUAUGUUUAUGAAACAUUUUAAAGUGUACCUGUGUACAUAACUCUGUAAAGACACUGAGAAAAUUAUACUAACUUAUUUAUGUUAAAAAGAUUUUUUUUUAAAUCUAGAAAAUAUAAAAGCCAAAGUGGCCUGUUUUGUGCAUUUGUAAAUGCUCUAUUGGGUAGGCUUUUAGGGAUUUUUUUUUCUCCUGUUAAAUAAUAUGGCUGUGCUUAAAGGAUUGCCUACUGAGCCAAGUAUAACUUUUUUGUAAUGUGUAAUUGUUCCCUAUCAAACAAUCAAUAAAUAAAACUGCCA